AUGCUGGCACAGCUGGAUACACUGAUGGGCGGCCGAGUGGCAGAAGAGCUAGUAUUUGGUCCGGAGCAUGUGACCACUGGCGCUGCUAAUGAUUUAAAAAAAGCAACCGAACUGGCCGAGAAAAUGGUCAAGACAUUUGGAAUGAGCGACAAGGUCGGUUUAAGAAUAUCGGAUAAUGAGUCAAGAUCGCUUAUAUCAGUCAAUCAGCUGAGCCCUCCAAUGUCAGAAAUGAUCGAUAGAGAGAUUAACCGUUUUCUCAAGGAAUCUUACGAUCGUGCGAAGGAAAUACUCACGAGACAUAAGAAGGAACACGAGCUUCUGGCAGAAGCGCUGCUGGAACAUGAAACUUUAACAAUCGAUGAAGUAAAAGAGUUGCUAGAACAUGGUAAAGUGUUGUCGCGCCUGCCGAAGACAGAAAAAGAAUCGAAAUCCGCGAAGUCUCCCAGUCGACAUAUUCUCAAACAUCCCAUUGUAACGCCAGCGGAAGAAAAUGUUUCGACGGAAGGACGGAUAUAG